GUUACUUCCAAGAACCGCUCGAAGUUCAACGUACGACGCAAAUAAUAAAUUUCUUCAUUUUUUACUAUUUUUUAUAAAUAAUAAGAUGUUUCAUGGAACAAACAGUGAUUCAGACUGAAUUUUUGAUAUUAUGUUCACCAGAACCAAUAUUCAAUAUAUCAAUACGUAUAUUUUUUGCGAUUGUUUCGAUUAACAUUUAUCUCACUGAGAAUCAUACAAUGUAUAAAAGAUGUGUUAUUUAUUUUGAUCACGUUUCUCAUUUUUUUCAUUCACUACAAAAGUUUCAAUACAAUUCGUCUCGAAAUUGCAAUUUGUUUCAUAAAUCAAGUGAAAAAAUCUAUAUAAAUUGUUUACAGAAUGUGCAGUAUUCCUUAUAAGGUCCGAAGCUUUUACGAACAAUCAGAUAAAUAAAUUGUCGUAAUGGAAGAAGUGACAAGAUUGAUGAAAUUGAAGAAAAAUUGAGCUAAAGGUAAUCUUGAGACAAAACCAAUUGAUUAAAAAUAAUGGAACUUUAUUCUCAGCAAGAUAGAGCAGAGGGUAACAAAUAAAUUGAAACUUAAUGCGCUGAGGAUGCGCACCUAUUUUAGGAGAAACGGAUUGCCACUUUGGGCGAUAUCUGUCUUCUGUCUCCUUUUCUUCAUCGCCCUCUCGACCUCUUCUUCGAUCGAUGCUGAACCUGUAUUGAGAUCUCCUGGACGGUGUCCAGCUCUAAAUGAGCAGAGUACAUGUCCAUCUCGAGCUGCACCAUGUUCGAGUCAUUUCGAGUGCUCGAGUCCAACCGAGAAGUGUUGCGAGACUGUUUGCGGACUGAAAUGUGUGCCAGGAGAACUUACUGGUUGUGAACAACUUGCUGAAGCAGCUAACAGAAGAUCACGUGCUCUAGGUACACGUGGACCACCACAAUUUAUUCCUCAGUGCAAUAACAUAACUGGAGAAUUCGAGAAAGUACAAUGUGAACCUUCAGAAAAAAGUUGCUGGUGUGUAGAUGAGUUUGGUAGCGAAAUUGCAGGGACCAGAUCACCAGGACGUGAAUUCGUUGAUUGUAAUAAUCCGAAACUAUGUCAAGCACAUUCUUGUCGAAUGUUUUGUCCUUUGGGUUUUGAGAUUGACGAAGAAACUGGAUGUCCAAAAUGCGAAUGUCGAGAUCCUUGCAAAGGAGUAGUGUGUCCAGGUUCAGGGCAAACCUGUGAAUUGAUUGAAUCGUCAUGUGCACGGCCACCGUGUCCACCAAUUCCCAGCUGUCGAAAAGCUAAAUCCCUGGCGACCAUUUGUCCCGCUGGUGAACCACUUCAAAUCACCGAUUCUCCACGUCCUUUCCUAUGUGGAGACACUCCUGGUAAACCAACAUGUCCACCUCUGUAUCAAUGCUUAGUGGAAGCCCAUCAAGAGUACGGAGUUUGUUGUCCAUCAAGUCUUCAUUUACAUCGACCUGGUAGUUGUCCAUCUGUCGAACCUUCAAUAUGUGGUUGGUCAUGUAUACACGACUUCGAUUGUCUAGAGCCAGAGAUAUGCUGUGAUACCUCAUCAUGCGGUGGACCAGUUUGUACACUUCCAUCGGGACUUAGUGCAUGCCGGAAAAAUCGUAUCCUUGCAGAGAUGUUGAGUGUUUCGGAAAAGCAAGGAAGAGGAUACAUUCCUCAGUGUAAAGAUAAUGGCGGAUAUGAACCGAAACAGUGCUCAAGAAAUGGCUUAGUUUGUUGGUGCGUUGAUGUGGAUGGAAAAAAAAUAUCUGGAACAAUGGGCUCUGGAGAAACAGUUAAUUGUCACGAAACUGUAAAGUCUAAAGCUCGAGCACUUCCAACUAAUUGUACUCUUCAACAAUGUGCUCAAGUUUGUCAAUACGGCUUCAAAGUUGAUGAAUAUGGAUGCUCAACGUGCGAAUGCGAUAAUCCUUGUGAAGGUUAUCCUUGUCCAGCAGACCAAGAGUGUACUUUAUAUCGUGAGAGUGCCUGUCCUGAUUUUCUCUGCCCCACGAUUCCAGAGUGUCGUCCAAAGACAUUUAACCCAUGUUUACAUGGUGCACCCUUAAAGUAUGAUGAUGGAAAUAUAGUCACUUGCAUUAAAGACUAUCUGUGUCCUUCGAACCAUGUUUGCACUGCGGAUCCUGUUGCCCAGAAGUGGGUUUGCUGUCCUGAGUUCGCUCACAUACUAAAACAACCGACAAUGUGUGAAUAUUUAAGAGACUUCAACAACCGGAUGGAAGGAACUCGAGAAGGCAUGCGAUUAGCAAUUCCACCGCCCAAAUGUGCACCUGAUGGAAGCUAUAAAUCACUUCAGUGUCAUGAAUCGCAGUGUGAUUGCGUCAAUGAACAAGGAGUGCCCCUAAAGACCAACAUUACGAUGGAUAUUGAUUGCGAGGAAGUCCGAAGACUCACAGGAAUAUGCGAAACCACAGAAUGCGAUUUAAAAUGUCCCUACGGUCGAGAAGUGGAUGAGGCAGGAUGCGAGAUUUGUCGAUGUAGAGAUCCAUGUCAAAAUGUUUUGUGUGGAGAUCAUGAAACUUGCACAAUGGUCGAUGUAAACUGUGGAGAGGGUCAAAACUGUUCUCAAGUUCCAGCUUGUCUCAAAGUAAAACCAGGACAAUGUCCUUAUUUAGUACCAAGUUCUUCAAGUUGCGAAGUACACUGUAGUAAUGAUCAGGAAUGCUCUGAAGACCGAAAAUGCUGCUCCACCGGAUGUGGAACUCAAUGUGUAACACCAGUCGUUGCCACAGCUUGUCAGCAUGCUCGAUCAUUAGCUGAACAUGCUGCAAGAGAAUCCGGGGAACCAGCAAGAAGGAUUUAUAUUCCCAAAUGUGACGAAAAAGGAAGUUUUGAACCAAUUCAGUGUCACAAAGAGAUGUGCUGGUGUGUUGAUGAUGAAGGAAAAGAAAUAAUAGGAACUCGAGUACCAGAAGGAGUUAAUCCAACAUGUAACACACCAGUACACUGUCCUGAAAUCGAAUGUCACUUGGACUGCCCUGAAGGUUUGAAUUUAGACCCUUCGGGGUGUCCUAUUUGUUCCUGUCGAGAUCCUUGUAAAGCAAUCAAUUGUCGAGGAGAAAACGAAGCAUGUAGAAUGGUUGAAGUUGCUUGCAGUGCUCCACCCUGUCCUCCAGUACCAGUUUGCUUACCUAAAAAAGAUAAUCCUUGCCCCAACGGCUCUCCACUUCUUACUCAAGAGGGAUCUCCUGCUAUAUGUGGUCCGCAUGGUCAACAUUGCCCUACAACACAUAAAUGUGAACUCUCGCCUCUUGAUGAGUACGCUGUGUGUUGUCCAAAACCAAGGGAAGUAUGCUUUGAAGCUCCACAGAUAAUUGAAUGUGCUCCAAAUAGAGGAAUGAAUGAAACUGAGAGAUGGUACUUUGAUCCUGAACUCAAUGAAUGCAGAAGGAAAUCGGGAUGUUCUAUUGGUCAUAAUGAUUUCUCUAGUAAAUUAGUUUGCGAUGAUAUAUGUCCAAUUUUGACUCCAUGUGAAUUGCAAAGAGAAAGAAACCUAAAAAAAGCACAAAGUCUUAAUCAGCCAAUAUUCUUACCAAGAUGUAAUGCUGACACUGGAGCUUGGGAACCUGUUCAAUGUCUAGAACACGUAGGAGUAUGUUGGUGUGUAGAUCGUAAAGGUGUUAGCAUCAAGGGAUCGCUAGUACGUGGUGAAGAACCAAAAUGUAACUUUAGACAAGCUCGCAAGGGCAAAGGUCCCGUGGAAAUUGAUCCGGAAAUUGCGGCCUACAUGGAAAAUGCUUUAGUUAAACUAGCAGAUGAAGAGAAGCCUGUAGCAAAGUCUUUAAUCACUAGGUGUGAAGCAAUGAAGGAAAGAGGGCAUGUACCGACGACAUGCGAUCAAGACGGAAAGUUUGAACCAACACAAUGUGCUGGAGAUACUUGCUGGUGUGUCGACGAAGCGGGUAAUCAGAUUGUUGGAUCAGAACCAUUUUUUAAGGGAACUAGAAUGUGUUUAAUGACACCCGUAGAAGCUGUAGAAGUAACACUUCGUUUUCCCGGUCAUUUCGUGAAUGAGGACACGAGUCGUUUUACAACGGCAGCAGAAGAUCUUAUGCGUGAUUUGAAUGCAAAUAUAAAAGAUGGAAUCGCAGUUGAAUUAGAUCUCGACGCAGCUAUAAUUGGAUUUGAAGUUGUGGGUGAAAACAAAGUAGACGUUGCUUUCCAUCUUGAAGAGUUGACGAGAAGUCGAAGUUUAUCUCUUCUUGGAUCGAUUGCUGAUGCAACUACUUCAAGAUUUAUCCAUAGACCUUUAUCUUUUGAGGCAGAAGACAAGAUAAUGGCUCUUGAGCAACGGGAUAUGUUUUCUGAAACUGAAUCUCCUAUCUAUCAAACUACAACAGUCGUUCUCGCAGUUGCUAGCGCCAUUAUCAUCAGCAGUUUGAUUAUCUUGCUACUGAUUUACCGGAAAAAGAUGAAAACGAGAUAUUGUACUCCAAAAUCAGAAGGAACGGAUCAGCGCUUUUUGGCUUAUGACAAGCAGCCAGUAUAUGUGAUAUCUGGUGCGGAUAAGGACGAUAAGGAUAUCGAGGUUGCAAGAGAAAUACGCGAGAGCCUCCAAGCAGCAAAGGAAAUUGCUCAGACAUAAACUUCCGCGAGUUUCUUCGAUGUAGCAUCAGUCCUUCUCUAAGUCAACUCCAAGUACCGUUAGAGGCAUGGUUAGGCCUUCAAGCAAAGGCUUGGGAAGGCUUGAAACUCGAGCAUGUUCUGCCUCGGGUAUAGGGUCCUCUAUAUAUUAGAUAGCAGAGCAUCUCCGCAUGAUCGAUCUCUAGGUAACGGCCACGGUAGUUUUCCUCUAUGUCAUAAAUUUGUUCUGAAAUGUAAUGACUUUCUUUAUGAUGGUAUUAAAUGAGAUAAUGACAAAUUGAACAAAUAACAUUCCGGUAUACAUAAUUUCACGCUUUAGAUCUAUCAUAAAAUGAUGGGUUUUUUUUUUUUUAAUUUUUACUUUAUGAUAAUAAAAAAAAAAAAAAAUCGUAUGUGCCGUUUAAGCAUAGCGUGAAGAGUGAGCAAAUUAAUAAACUAUAAUUGAAAUAUUUUAGAAAUAUUUUCGAGAGUUUUCUGAAGUCACUGACAUCAAUUUAAAUAUGUCAUUGACGUCAGAAGUAUCGAAAGUAGCACAUGUAGAUGCAUAUCGUGUAUACAUGACGUGCAAAGUGAUAUAGUUACAUUAUUAAUAAUGAAUUAAAAUAUAAUUCAAUUCAUCAAUUCGAUAUAUCAUCUAUAGUUUAGCAAUUGUACAUAUCGAUAUCGCAACUAUCACUUUUAACUCUAAUUUAUUAUUUAUUUUGUAUUUUUUAUAUAUUCAACUAAAUAUUAUAAUUUUCACUGUUCUUCACUGUGCGGUAGUUAACUUUCAAAUUGAAUCAUUUAAAAUGAUUAAUCUGCUACUAAUUACAUAGCCAAUGAAAAUAUAUUGAAAUUAUUAGCAGUUGAAUCUUUAAUUAUCUUCAAUGUGCACAUAUUUACAUAAGUACACGAAGAAUAGUGUUCAAAAUUAAAAUAUUUCACAGAACUUUUGAUCAGAUAUCUUCGAGUAGUAUCUAGUUCAUUUAUCAUAUUUAAACAUUCAUAUUUUACUUGAAGAUGUCUGAUACA